CAAAUAUUUACGCCCCCAGCCAGGCUUGUCGGCUCUGCUUGUCCUCGACUGUCUACCCCACCCACCUACCCCUAUUAUCAGGAGAGGAGCUGCCCUCCCGACUAACGUGAAAGCAAAAAAGGGGGGAGAAAGUGCUUUGUUUCAUCGGAGAAGAGGAUGGAGCCCUCACCUCAUUCCCCCUCAGAGCAGGCACUGAGAGGAAGAAGCGCCGCUCCGUGUGAAACCCUCAAGAGUGGCGCCUGCGCACUACUACCCGGCUCUUCCAGCUCCCCCUCCCUUUUUUCCUUCUUACUAGAAGCCGCCACAAAGCGUGAGUGGAUGUUGCGUGAGGGCAUAGCGAAGCGUAAAGCCGCCAGGGGAAGCCGUUUGCUAACGUCUGGAGCCCGGGGGAGAGAGCGCGAGCGGGAGGGAUGAGCCAAAGGUAACCGAGCAAAGCAAGCAGUGUCUUCCUUACUAGCCUCCCAGACCCGAGCAGCGGCAGCAGCUCUCUCUCCUAUCUGCCUCUCCCUUCUUUCCCCACCUCAGUGUCUGCUCUGUGCAGAGGCUGCUCUUCCGUGGCCGUCGGGCUUGCAAAGGGAGGAGGGAGCAACACGUUGUUAGCGGGGGACUCUCUGGACGCUGCUCCCAGCCAACUUGGAGGCAACUUUACAGCUGCUGAUUUUGGAGGAAGGAGGCUCCCCUUUAAAUAUAUAUAGACUUGUUCAGCCUAUCCUUGCUUGUGACCCCGAUCCGCGAACUGCGAUCCUCAGCCUCAGGGCUGGUUUUGUUUUGCUUUUGCAAAGGCAGUUUCAAAGCCUCGCUUGCGUGCAGCAACCUGUUUACUGCGAGGGGCAUUUCGCCUUGUGCCGUUCGGAGAGGCGAUGGAGCGCUUUCCUGUCUUUUCCCCCGAGGUCGUUCGUUGCAAACAGGCGAGCGGCUAAUGGCAAUCUCGAGAGGAUGCGAGACAGGCAACCCCAAGGCAACAGUCGCCGGGAGAGGCGGAGCGCUGGCCGGGGUAGGCGGGUGCGUGGAUGCAGUCCCAGCAGGACCGUUUCCACUUGCUACAUUCAUGAUCGGAGCUGUGGUUGAUGCAACUUUUCGAGGUCUGGCCCGAGAGGCUGAAUUGGCUGCAGGAGAGAGAAAAAACCUCUCAGCUGGGCAAGGAGCUUUCUUUCUUUCUUUCUUCAAAUCGUGGAAACACUUGCUGAGGACAUGAGUCGAACUUGAAGCCCAUCGAGGGAAUAAACCGUAUUAUUUAUGAAUCCCCAUUUUCCGGAUCACCUCUCACCUUUCUUCUGCUCGGGGUAGGUCAGCUUAUGGGGCAAACGAGUGCAGCUGGCAGCCCCACCAGUUUGGGCAGCAGCCGUUAGUAAAGGAGCAUGGGUGGGCACUCAGCUCAAUUCCUCACCAUGCAACUUGUCAAGGUGCCUUUUGGCUUGGCGUGGCUCCUGGGCACUCUCUCUGCUUUUGCCCAAGCAACAUUGCCACUGGCGUCAUUUAAAGGAGAUGGCCUUGAUGUUAGCAGGGAGGGCAGGGAGUGUGGAUCGUGGUGCCAGGCUUCUCCUCCAGUGCCCCGGCAAGUGGCAUCCAGACAAGAAGUUGUCUGGACUAUGGGUGGUUUCCCUUUGGGGAGUGUUGCUCGGACUUCCUUGCCAAAAGAGCAUUUUGUCAAAUCCAAGCCUAAAGCUAGAGCUCUGGAAGACUGGGGUCCAUUGGAGGAUCAUGAUCAUGCCAGGGGCUGGACUGUUACACAAAUAACCCGUCAUAGAGCUCACCCUCUGAAAGCUGCGCAUCAGUCUGAAGGUCCUUUGGAAGGAGGUAGUGAGAACCAGUUGAAUGAAGACACUUCUGAAGUCCUGGAGACUGGAAGAUACUCUAAUCUCCCCAAGGCUCAAGUGCGCCAGAGGGAAAGCAGCAGAGACUCAGCAAGCAUUAGCCCCCAAAGACAUGCCAGAAGCAAACGGGGAGCAGGGGAGCCCCAGGACAGAAGGAGAGCAGGAAAAGUCAAGGCUAUCAAGAAUAGCCACCUUGUUAGAAACUUCAGUAACUCAAUGGACAGCCAAACGACUCCUGCAGCAGAAAAGGAUACCCACCACGCAUUGCCCUUGAAUGGCUCCACAGGUCGUGGGGGAGAAAGGGAUGCUGGCUCCUUUCGGAAUGGGACGUUUCGACCAGCCCGGGUCAAGAACCCUUUCUACCCGCUGACUGAAGAGUCAUAUGGUGCCUAUGCAGUCAUGUGCCUGUCGAUUGUGAUCUUUGGCAUUGGGAUAAUGGGUAACAUGGCAGUGAUGUGCAUUGUGUGCCACAACUACUACAUGAGGAGCAUCUCCAACUCCCUGCUGGCCAAUCUAGCCUUCUGGGAUUUUCUCAUCAUUUUUUUCUGCUUGCCUCUGGUGAUCUUUCAAGAGCUCACCAAAAAGUGGCUGUUGGAGGAUUUCUCCUGCAAAAUUGUACCAUACAUUGAGGUGGCAUCUCUUGGAGUAACUACCUUUACGCUGUGUGCCCUCUGCAUAGACCGUUUCCGUGCUGCCACUAACGUGCAGAUGUAUUAUGAGAUGAUUGAAAACUGUACAUCGACAACUGCCAAGCUGGCUGUUAUAUGGGUUGGGGCUCUGCUGCUGGCACUCCCCGAGGUGGUUCUGCGCCAGUUGACUAAAGAAGACUCUGAAAUCAGUGGAGGCCCUCCUGUGGAACGGUGUGUGGUGAAGAUCUCUCCACAUUUGCCUGACACCAUCUAUGUUUUAGCGCUUACCUAUGAUGGUGCAAGGCUCUGGUGGUACUUUGGCUGUUACUUUUGCUUGCCUACUCUUUUUACCAUUACUUGCUCAUUGGUGACUGCAAGGAAAAUCCGAAAGGUGGAAAAGGCCUGUACAAGGGGAAACAAGCGACAAAUUCAGCUAGAAAGCCAGAUGAACUGUACAGUAGUGGCUUUGACCAUUUUAUAUGGUUUCUGCAUCAUUCCUGAAAACAUCUGCAAUAUUGUCACUGCCUACAUGUCCACAGGAGUAUCUCGGCAGACUAUGGACCUACUACACCUUAUCAGUCAGUUUCUGUUGUUCUUCAAAUCAUGCGUGACUCCAGUUCUCCUUUUCUGUCUUUGCAAACCAUUCAGUCGAGCCUUUAUGGAGUGUUGCUGUUGCUGCUGUGAUGAAUGCAUUCAGAAGUCUUCAACGGUGACAAGCGAUGAUAAUGACAAUGAAUAUACUACAGAGCUUGAACUCUCCCCUUUCAGUACUAUACGUCGUGAAAUGUCCACAUUUGCCUCUGUUGGGACUCAUUGUUAGUUCACCCUUUGAUUGGCAUUCAGGCCCUACUUAAAAAGUCAGUUGGAGUUUUCUGUUGACUUCAGCAGGAACCUGGAUUUUGCUAUUUGAUCUUAUCUCAACUUUGUUUAUGUUGAGAAAGGAGAAGCAAAUAGUAAGAAUAGGAGAAGCAAGUAGUCCUGUAAGAACUACUGUAAACUAGUUUGCAUAUUAACAUGCUUGUUUCAAGAAAUAAUUUUUAGUCACUAAAAACAAAGACAAACUGCCAACACAGAGUUUUAAAUAAUUGCACAUACGGUGCUAGCAUUUUACGUAUUAUGGGAAGGCAGAAGACCUCUCCCCUUGUAUUAUUGUAUUUAAUUUACUGCUAGGUUGUUGUCAUUUUUAAAUCACCUUGGGAAUGAUCCAGUUUACAGUGAGCAUUACUAAAGUCCCAAGAUAAGGUGUGAAGGCACAUGUCACCACCUUGGUGAAGCUAAGCAGGCCUGGGAAUUGGCAGGGCCUGAAUGGCUGACCAUCUGGGAACUACAAGUCUGCUGCCUUCGAGUUCCAUGUUGGAAGAAAGAUGGGAUGUAAGAAAUAAAUAAAUCUGCAAUCCUAAUCACAGGUACCUGAGAGUAAGCCCCACUGAAUUCAGUGGGACCUAAUUCUCAGUAAACUUGCAUAGGAUUCUGCAGUUGCUUUGACUGUUCUCUAUAGUUUUUUGGGUGGUCUACACCGAUUUCAGUGGGAAAGAGUGCAACGUGGGGACUUGAAAUUGCUAAAUGUAGGCCGAAUCAUGCUCAUUGUAUUUCUCCACUCCCCCCCAAAAAAAUGUUUUAUGAAAAUAUAUGGUUUGAAGUGUUUAAAAAUAGUAUGAAGCCCAUUUUAUGGGAAUUAUUGUGACAUCAGUUGAUAUUUUUUUAAAAAAAACUAGCAUAAAAUAACUUGAGUUUUUAUUCUUUGUUGACCAGCAUUUUAACAGUCACACCAAAUAAUUUACACAAUAAGGAAAGCAAUCCUUUGUUUCUUUACAUUAACUAGUAUAACCUGACUAAAAUUGAAUUAUUCAUAAUUGUAAAUCACCCUUGGAGAUAAUGUGACUUCAUAAUGUGCUGUUGCAGGAUUGAAAGCAUAUGCCUUAUGCAUCAAAAUGCUGCAAUCCAUGUGCACGUUUACAUAAAGCUGAUUUUCUCUUCCCAUGUGGAUAACAAAAACAAUUUCAGCAGUUUCAACAAUUUCAGGAUAGUGCAGGCUAUAUUCACAGCUAUAUGGCUGGCGUCUUGGUGUCUGCCCUUUAUUGGGCACUUUUAACUGUACAUUAUUGCACUGAAUUGAAAGGACAUAUCUGCACAAUGGCUUCCCAUUAUUCUACAUCUAAAGGAAAUACCUGUGUUGGUAAAAUAAAUCUCAUAAUUUUUCAGUGUACAAUAUACAGUUGGAAGAGUUGAUCUUUCUGUAAUGGAUACUUCCUUUUUUAACAUGUAGUUGUAUGCUAAGUUAUUGUGUUUGAUCCAUGGGAUUUCCGCUCACGUCAGGGUGUAUUACAUGUAAUUCUCUUUGUUUCUUUUUAUAACAUUUUCUCCACUAAGGGUAUAUCCUCAGUCUGUGUGUAUAACUCCUGCUGUAAGUGACAGUGACAUGGUAGGGGGUGGGGUGUAAGAUUUUCCACGGGAUUGGUGACAAUAAAUUUGAAGGCUUACAAUUUGUUACAAAAAUUGCAUGAUUUUUUGUUUAUUAAAAACAUAUGUUGGGGAGUCAAAUUUCAGCAAA